AUGGUUUCCCUGCGCAAAGUGCCGGGAGCCCAUCAGCAUCCCAACCUUCCUGGUAAGGUCAAGGUGGAGGAGGAUGUCAACAGCAAAGCUGUUCCCGUUGAUCAGGAAACGAUGCCAACAAUUAUUCAAACAGUAAAGGAAGACCUCGGUGAGCUGAAGAAGUUCUACAACAUAACUCUGUCGCCAACGCGCUUCCAGAAGGUCGAACACUAUCUUGAGAAGAAAUUGGAGGAACUUUCGAAUAUCACAUUCGGAAAGCUCAACCAAGCAGGUCAGGUUGAUUAUGCUCUGCUGAAUAACUAUCUGAAGAGCUCGCUGCAAAGGUUGAGGUCCGAUAAGGUAAAAGAUGACGAGGUACUCAAACUCGUUGGAUCAUUUGCGUUCAUAAUCAUCGAACUUUUCGAAGCACGACAACGGAUUCAAAAGCUCGAUUUCCAAGAAGUUGCCGCGCUUUUCACUCGAGCAGACAACAGCGCCCGCGACCUCAAACAGGCUAUCUCGAGUGGUAUCUUUAGGGGGAAAAUCGAGCGCACUAUUGCAUAUCGCACUGCUUACAAACUCGAAGAGCUGAGUUCAGUCCUCCGCGAUUGGCACAAUUUCUAUCUCGGAUAUGAACCUCUCUACAGUUGGUGGGUUUCGCAACCCUACGCAACUUUCCAGGAGAAUCUCAGCAUCCUCAUUGCCUGUAUUCAAACGGAUCUAGUUGGUUUCGAUGACUCCGUGAAGGAUCCCAUCAUUGGGGAGCCAAUUGGUCGGGACGGAAUUCUGGCCGACCUCGAUUUCGAAAAGAUCGCCUACUCACCUGAAGAAUUAAUUCACAUCGGUGAAAUGGAAUAUCAAUGGUGCGAGGUCGAGGCCAAGAAAGCAUCCUGCGAGAUGGGCUACGGGUCCGAUUGGCGCAAAGCGCUCGAGCAUGUGAAAAACAUGUAUGUUGGGCCUGGCCAGCAGAUAUACGGCAUCCAUGACCUAGCGAUUGAAGCAACAAACUAUGUGAAAGACCACGAUCUUGUCACCGUUCCCGAAAUUGCAGAGACCUGGCGAAUGUUGAUGAUAUCUCCGGAACGACAAAAGGCCAACCCUUUCUUCCUUGGGGGGAAUACUAUGCAGGUGUCAUACCCGACGGACAAAAUGUCACACGAGGACAAACUCAUGUCUAUGCGUGGUAACAGCAUCCCUCUCUCAAGAUCCACUGUCUUCCAUGAGCUCAUUCCAGGUCACCAUUUGCAGUUUCAUAUGAUCAAACGCCAUCGUCCCUAUCGCCGUAUCUUUGACACUCCCUUCUGGAUGGAAGGUUGGGCAUUGUACUGGGAAUUCAUCCUUUGGGACAAGGGCUUUCCAGGAACACCAGAAAAUCGAAUCGGCAUGUUGUUCUGGCGGAUGCAUCGAUGCGCUCGCAUUAUCUUUUCGAUCAAGUUUCACCUUGGAGAGAUGACUCCUCAAGAAUGCAUCGACUUUCUGGUAGACAAGGUCGGUCAUGAACGCGCCACAGCCACUGGAGAAGUACGCCGAUCUUUCAAUGGUGACUAUUCACCACUCUACCAGGCCGGAUACAUGCUGGGGGCGUUGCAGCUUUAUGCGCUCCGUGCAGAAGUCUUACAAAGUGGGCAAAUGACCGAGAAAGAGUUCCACGAUAAGGUGUUACAUGAGAACGAAAUGCCCAUAGAGGUUCUACGAGCACUGGUGCGGAAUUUUCCGAUCGAUCCUGAUUUUAGGCCUUCCUGGAAAUUCUAUGAGAAGAACUAG